AUGUAUUCUAGGGCAGCUGAAGGCAAGACCGAUGAGUUUGAAUUGAAGUCGAGUUUGCUACAUCACAUUCCCAAAUACCAUGGGCUGUCCAUGGAAGAUCCAAACAAGCAUUUGAAGGAAUUCGAAGUGGUAUGUUCAAGCAUGACACCAAUCAACGUGGAUAGCAACAUUCUAAAGAUGAAAGCCUUUCCAUUCUCUCUUUUGGAAAAGGCUAAGGAUUGGCUCUUUGAGUUAGCACCUGGAACCGUCACUUCUUGGGAAAGCAUGAAGAGCGCAUUCUUAGAAAAAUUCUUCCCAACUUCAAGAGUCAUUCUUUUGAGGAAGAGAAUUAGUGGAAUUCAACAAGGCCCGGGAGAAUCCUUCCCAGCAUAUUAUGAGCGUUUCAAGACUUUAGUUGCAUCCUGCCCACAACAUCAAAUGAAGGAAGAGCUUUUAAUUCAAUAUUUCUAUGAAGGACUACUUCCACUCGAGAGACAAAUGCUUGAUGCUUCAGCAGGAGGUGCGUUGGUUGACAAAACACCAGUUGCAGCGAAGAUCUUAAUCACAAACCGAGCCUUGAAUGCACAACAAUACGAAGGAGUUGGAGAAAGAGAUCAUACACGGCCAAGUCAAGUUAAUGAGGUAAGUGCUAUUUCAGAACUUCAAUCUCAAAUGGCUAAUCUCACUACUCUUAUUUCACAGGUUGUUGAAGGAUCCAAAGUGCAAGGAAGUAGUACUUGUGGCGUGUGCUCUGUGCAAGGACACCCCUCUGAUCAAUGCCCUCAAUUAAUAGAGAAUGGGGGAUGGGAAAGUGCCAACGCCAUUGGGUAUCAAGGCCACAAUCAGCCAAAGUAUGAUCCAUACUCCAACACUUACAAUCCGGGCUGGAGAGAUCAUCCAAAUAUGAAGUGGAGGGACCCUCAACAAACUCAACAACAAGGCGGAUAUAGACAGCCACCUCCAGGACUCUAUCAGAGGCCAUUCGCACCACCACUCCCACCACAAUCUGCCCAACCAAAUUCAGGUACGUCUUUGGAUAAUGAUAAAGUUCUUCAAGUACUAACCUCUUUGACUCAGGGUUUGCAAAAUCAAGCCAAAGAAAUGGGCGAAGUGAAGAAGCAAAUUGGGCAAAUGGCGGAAUUCAUGGGACAGUUCAGAGAAGAAGGUAAACUACCUAGUUCAACCAUCGUCAACCCAAAGGGAGGUUUUGAAACGGCUAAAGCUGUCACCUUGAGAAGUGGUAAAGAGGUUGGAACCAAUCCCAAAACUUCCAAACAAAGCCAAAAAGAGGACGAACAGCUGCUGCCCGAAGGAGACGAGAUGAACAAGGCCACGGCAAGGGAAGAGCAACCCUUGUCGCAGCCUUCUAAGGCUCCUACAGCACCCAAAUCGGGUAAGGUUGGUUCGAAUUCAAUUCAUUUUAACCCCAUUCCACCAAAUGUGCCUUUCCCUUGCAGGUUUAUGCAAUCUAAGAAGGAAGAGAAUGAAAAAGAUAUCUUAGAGACCUUCAGGAAAGUACAAGUCAAUAUUCCCCUUCUUGAUGCAAUAAAGCAAGUUCCAAAGUAUGCUAAAUUUUUGAAGGAGCUUUGUACAACAAGGAGGCGGAUCUCGAACAAGGAAGUGGUACAGGUAAGUGAGAAUGUUUCUGCAGUUUUGCAACGUAAGCUGCCACCUAAAUGCAAAGACCCAGGUAGUUUCACAAUCCCUUGUGUUAUUGGUAAUACCAAGUUUGAAAAGGCCAUGUUAGAUUUGGGUGCUUCCAUUAAUGUCAUGCCAUACUCAAUUUAUGCAUCUAUGAACCUAGGAGAGCUUAAAAACGAUGGUGUUAUAAUUCAAUUAGCCGAUCGUUCUAAUGCAUAUCCGAAAGGAGUCUUGGAAGAUGUUUUGGUGCAGGUUAAUCAUUUGAUAUUCCCAGCAGAUUUCUAUGUGCUUGAGAUGGAAGAUUCGGCCCAUUCUACACCAUUGCCAAUCCUACUUGGAAGACCCUUCAUGAAGACAGCUCGCACCAAGAUAGAUGUGUUCAAGGGGACGUUGACAAUGGAAUUUGAUGAUAUUGGCUCUUAG